CUUACUUGAGCGCGCGCGCGUGCGUGCGUACGCGUGAGCCAACUAGUUGUCGGCUACCAGUAGCAUUAGCUUCCAUAGUUAGCGCCGCUUUCUGGAAACAUUUGUCCGGCACAGUCGCACCAAAGACGGCCACCAUGAGCGGGGACUCCCGUUAACGAAGCAUGCCUGUCCGCCCGAAAUGUCAAAGAAGACCCUUUGGGGAAAGGAGAAGUUAGCCUUCCGUCAGUGAGAUUGGGGGAAAGUCCGGCUACAUCUUCUUCCUUUUGAACAUCGCCUAGCCCGCUAGCUUCCUGGCAAGGAACGCUCUGAGAUUUUGCAAGGACUGAUGCGGAAGAAGGAUAUGAGGCGAAGCUAACUGAUCGCCCUUCUGGGAUCUAAACAUGAGUGUUUUCUCACACACUCCAAGGGUUGCCAAUGUACCACAAAGUCUCUCACCUGAUUACCUGUCAAGGAUUAAGCCGAAGGGUGGCAUCGUCUGUGCAGGCAGGGAGCACAUGCAAGUGCCAGGAUGUGCAGAGACUCCUGACCUUUACUGAAGCGCACACACACUCGAGACACAGAACUCUCGUCCCCCAUGAGACAGUCCCGCUUGAUCUGCCAUCACCAAUGGAACUGCCAUCAUAGACACAAGACACUGUGGAUCCAACUCCACAGUUUUGUUGGAGCGACUAUUUCAGCUGUGGGUUCCCCCUGAAGGAGGAGAGAUGGGCUCCCAAGCAUUUCAGAUAUUACGACAGGGCGUGUGGGCCUCGCUUACCGGGGGGUGGUAUGUGGACCCUCAUCAGAGCACCUUCUCUAACUGCUUCCAUCUCUACCUGUGGAUAUUUCUGCUGGCCUUCCCCUUUCUGUUGUACAUGGCUCUUCCAGCCAGCUUGGUGGUAGCAGGCUUGUACUCUGCUGCAGUGGCGGUCUUUUUUACUGCCGUCAAAGUGGUCAACUACCGUCUUCACACCAUGUUCGACCUCGGGGAGAUUAUUGAGAAGAAGCAGGCCUCGCUCUAUGCCGAUGCGCCAAGGACAGAAGAAGGGGACGAAGGUUCUGGUGCGAAUGAUGGGAAUCAACCCAGGGAUAUCCAUGCUGGUGUGGAGAUGACGGUGUUCCGGAAGGUGAACUCCACGCCUCCAGUGCGGUGUAGCUCUCAGCACUCGUUGUUUGGACUCAACCAGGUGUCGGAGUUCUUACCCCAGCUUGAGGAUUCAGGGGGAACAAAGGAUAUGAAAGAGUUAUUGCGAGAACAGAGAAGCAAUAACGUGAUCGUUACCUCCGCUCAUCGCGAAAUGCUGCGGCAAAGUUCUCAGGACACCAUCAGGGCUCCGAGCAUGGUCCAGUCCUGCAUUGCUGCUGCCCUGGGAGGUAACUUCCCAGGUCUUAUGGGACUCUCUGGAAUAGCCUCCGGGUUUGGAGAACCAGGAGAAUAUCUGUCUGUACCCCCUUCACCUUCCAGUCAAGAAGACGGAGGCGAUAAAGAAGCAUUGCAGGAGGUGGAGGCGCCUCAAAAGAUUUCCAAGGACAAUGGGUUAGCUUAUUCUCCCCUCAGCCCCUCAGCUGAGUCUGAGAGUCUAGGGGAAACCCCCCUUAGUCCUCUUAUAAAGACUAGCUUAAAUGAGGAGCUGAGUGAAAAUCUUUUGGGUUUGGGUCUUGAUCCUGUGGUCUUUGUGCCUGGGACUGAGCACCCAGGUUGCCGCAGUGGGGUGGCUCUAGCUGCUGGAUCUACAGACAGCUGCUUCAGUGGAGGUGGAACCACUACUGACCGUGAGACGCUGAGCACCGUAAGCAGCUACCGCAGUGAAAAGACGGAUUCCACUCAGCUUGAAAGCCCAUCUUUCAGCCAACCCAAACCCCCGGAUGGACAGACCUCGACGCUGGCAGUGGGGGAUAAUGUCCCCAAAGCUGCAGAGAUCCCAGCAGGACAGGAUGGCAGUGACACAGAUAACCUGUCUGACAGUGUGCUGCUACGCUCACCUUCCAAAGAUGUCUCCCCCAGCCAGGCCCUCGACAGGACACUUGUUGAAGGAGACGAUUUACUACCUGCACCCUCUGACAUCCCACAAGCCCCCAUUUUCCACAACUCUUCCCCUUCGAGUAGCGGCCACUCAGACGUUUGUGACUUAGACAGAACCAUCUCUGCUCCCCCCCUACCUCCACCUAGGCAAGCUACUUCUGUGCCCUCAGGGCUGGCUCUGGGUUCAGUGUGCUCCGAGCCUGCUCUGCCCAUUUCCUCCACCCCCUUCCUUGUGUCAGAUCAGUCUGCCCAGCAGGUUGUGCGGCCCAAAGACUUGAAGCUACUGCGGGGCAGUGGCAGUAAUGUUGGCCACAGGCCAGGCCGGCGGAAAGCUCCUCGAAGGCGGGCCGGCGCAGGAAGUAGUAGUUUUGACUGUGGUUCUUACAGGCGUCACCACAAUCAUAGACAGCACAGAGAUUACAUCCCCGUGCGCAACCGACUUGGCGCCAAGGCUUACAGUGAAAGUCUCUUCGAGGAUUCUAGUGACGAGGACGAUGGCAGCGAUAUGAGCGCAGCAUCCAGUCUGGGGUCUCAGCGCCGCUAUAGCUCAGAUGAAGACGACUCCAGUUCCUCCACCUCCUGCUACUCUCCAGACCUCGUUAAUGCUGGCCCCGCAUUACCACUGCCUGCGGCCGCUCAGCUGCCCACUCCGCUGGAAGAGGAUUUAACCGAACCCGGUGGCCCUUCAUAUUCCCGUGCUGCUCAGCGCUCGUCGAGCACAGCCAGCGCUAAGACUCACGCCAGGGUGCUCAGUAUGGACGGAGCAAGUUCAAGUCAAAACAACGCAACAGCUCCGCCUUCUACUCUACACACCAUGCCCUCUACUUCCACACCUGCACCACGCACUCUCACCAUGUCCAAGUCUGACUUGGAGGCUCGCACAAUCCACAUGGAGAGCUUCCUAGGACCUCAUCAUCAUCGGUUGGAUUCCCUGGGUGGCUCCUGGACUGGCAACCAGAUGGGUUGGCGAGGAGGGGAGUUGACUGAGGAGGGGGCGGUGGGAGGAGCUCUGGCGCUGGAGGAAGGAGGCAAACACGACUCUGUCAGCAAUGUGAAGAGGACCCAGGCUAUCCGCAGGCGACACAAUGCUGGGACCAACCCUACACCUCCUCCUUCCACCAUGGGGUCCCCUCCCAGCCUCCAGGACCUACAAAGGGCUCGGACCUCCUCCCACUCGCGGACCCGCACCCUCCCAUCCGCCCUACAGUUUGCCUCAUCACUGCUGCUUCCCCGCAGCGGCAUCCAUGAGGCCUCCACCUUUGACGACACAUCAGAGGGCGCCGUGCACUACUUUUUUGAUGAGAGCGGAGUGAAAAGGUCUUACACUUUUGGACCUGCUGGAGGAGGUUAUGAAGACCCAGUUCAGGAAAGGGAGAGGCAGUCCCAGUCCUCAAGCUUCACCUCAACAGAGGUCCAGGAGGGAGCCCCAGUGUCGUCCAUGCUGCAACCCAGACCAGUGGUCCUACAGGGCAUGCAGGUGCGAAGAGUGCCUCUGGAAAUGCCUGAGUUUGACCUGGAUCAUGAGUCCUUGCAGGAAUCCCAAGAAAACACACAGAUGAUUGAGGAGAAAGCUAAACCCAAACAGUACUAUCGCUUUUGGGUGCUGCCUGGGAAGUGGUUGAGGGUCCGCUAUGAUCGAUUAGCUCUUAUGGCCUUGUUGGACAGGAAUCGGCGUGUUGGAGAAAAUGUGUUUGCUGUUGUGCUGGCCAGUUUGGUGGCCUUUUUGGGGUUUCAACUGCUGCUCCAGGGCUUUUUCAGGGACAUCUGGGUCUUCCAGUUCUGCCUGGUCAUUGCAAGCUGCCAAUACUCCUUACUUAAGAGUGUACAACCAGAUGCAGCCUCUCCCAUGCAUGGUCAUAACUGGAUUAUCGUGUACAGUCGGCCUGUUUACUUCUGCUUGUGCUGCGUGUUGAUUUGGGUGUUUGACUUGUCCGGCCGCUCUAGCAGUGUGCAACCUGUCUCCCUGUACGGCGUCACCUUCUUCUCUACACACUUUCUGCUUUGCGUCAGAGAUAUGCUCCUGGUGUUGGCCUUGUGUUUCCCAGUCAUCUUCCUGUUUGGCUGGCUACCUCAGGUCAAUACUUUUGUCAUGUGUUUGUUGGAGCAGAUCGACAUGCAUGUUUUUGGUGGAACAGCCACCACCAGCCCCCUCUCGUCUCUGUUCAGCCUCAUACGCAGCGUGCUGGUGGCCUCUCUGCUGUAUGGAUUUUGCCUCGGUGCCAUCAAUGCACCAUGGGGGGACGCACAUGUGCCAGUACUGUUCUCUGUCUUUUGCGGCUUGCUGCUGGCCUUGUCCUACCACUUGAGCCGUCAAAGCAGCGAUCCCACCAUCCUGUUGUCAUUGGUGCGAUCCAAAUUAUUCCCCGAGUUGGAGAACCGUUCACCAGAAGAACCCCCUGUGGAGAUCAAGGACCCUUUGCCAGAGAAGCUGCGUGACUCAAUGAAAGAGAUUCUUCAUUCUGACCUUGUCAUGUGUCCCCUCAUGGCCGUAAUCACCUUCGCCAUCAGUGCCAGCACAGUUUUCAUUGCACUACAACCUGCUCUCAGCUUUGUCUUGUACAUCCUAGCGGGAGUGGUUGGCUUCAUUACCCACUAUCUCCUGCCUCAGCUCCGCAAACAGCUGCCUUGGUUCUGCCUGGCUCACCCUGUUCUCCGGUCCAAAGAGUACAGUCAGUUUGAGGUCCGAGAUGCUGCACAGUUGAUGUGGUUUGAGAAGCUGUAUGCGUGGCUUCAGUGUGUGGAGAAGUACUUCAUCUACCCGGCCGUCGUGCUCAACUCCCUCACCACAGAAGCAAGGGCUGUGGGUCAAGACCAUAAAGAGCUGGACAUCUACAGCCGGGCGCUCUUCAUCUCAGUGGCUGGCAUGAAGUUGCUGCGGUCGUCCUUCUGUGCCCCGUCGCAGCAGUACGUCACGCUGUGCUUCACCACCCUCUUUUUCCACUUCGACUACCCACACUUUUCGGAGACCUUUUUAAUUGACUACUACUUUAUGUCCAUUCUUUUCAGCAAGAUGUGGGACCUGCUAUAUAAGUUACGCUUCGUUUUGACGUACAUCGCUCCUUGGCAGAUCACAUGGGGCUCGGCUUUCCACGCCUUUGCUCAGCCCUUUGCUGUGCCACACUCUGCCGUGCUGUUUUUGCAGGCCAUCUUUUCUGCCAUCUUUUCCACCCCUCUCAACCCCGUCCUAGGUAGCGCUGUGUUUGUUACCUCAUACACCCGACCUGUUAAGUUCUGGGAGCGGGACUACAACACCAAGCGAGUGGACCACUCCAACACCAGACUUGCCACUCAGCUUGACCGUAACCCAGGUGCUGACGACAACAACCUGAACUCCAUUUUCUACGAGCACCUGACGCGCUCUCUGCAGCACAGCCUUUGCGGAGACCUGCUGCUCGGCCGAUGGGGAAACUACAACACCGGAGACUGCUUCAUCCUCGCCUCAGACUACCUCAACGCUCUGGUGCACAUCAUCGAGAUCGGCAACGGCCUGGUCACCUUCCAGCUUCGGGGUCUGGAAUUCAGAGGAACCUACUGUCAGCAGAGGGAGGUAGAGGCCAUCACGGAGGGCGUGGAGGAAGAUGAAGGAUGCUGCUGCUGCGAGCCCGGCCACUUGCCUCACAUGCUCUCCUUCAACGCCGCUUUCGGACAACGCUGGCUCGCCUGGGAGGUGGCGGCCACCAAGUACGUGCUGGAGGGUUACAGCAUCAGUGACAACAACGCCGCCUCCAUGUUGCAAGUGUUUGACCUCCGCAAGAUCCUUAUCACGUACUAUGUCAAGAGCAUCAUUUACUAUGUGAGCCGGUCACCCAAGAUGGAGGAGUGGUUGGCUAAUGAGACCAUUCAGGAUGCUUUGCGGCUGUGUCUUGGACCCAAUUACGUGGACAGCGACCCCACCUUCAAUCUGAACAUAGACGAGGACUAUGACCACAGAGCCUCUGGCAUCACGCCCUCCUCCUUCUGCAUGGUGUACUUGGACUGGAUCCAGUAUUGCAACAGCAGGCGUCAAGCGCAUGUGCCAAGUGAAAGAGAUUCUCCGUUAGUCAGUUUGUGUUUUGGGCUGUGCAUUCUGGGAAGAAGAGCGCUGGGCACUGCCUCCCACAGCAUGUCUGCAAGCUUGGAGCCGUUCCUCUACGGCCUCCAUGCGCUCUUCAAGGGAGACUUUCGGAUCACGUCUCCUCGCGACGAGUGGGUCUUCGCAGAUAUGGAUCUGUUGAAUCGAGUGGUGGCGCCCGGAGUGCGGAUGUCCCUCAAAUUGCAUCAGGACCAUUUCACAUCCCCGGAUGAGUAUGAGGACCCCUCGGUGCUGUAUGACGCCAUCACCGCCAACGAGGAGAAGAUGUUGAUAUCGCACGAGGGCGACCCGGUUUGGCGCAGCGCCAUCCUGGCAAACAUGCCCUCACUGCUGGCGCUGCGGCACAUCAUGGAUGACGGCAGCGACGAGUACAAGAUCAUCAUGUUGAACAAGAGGUUCCUCAGCUUCCGGGUCAUCAAGGUGAAUAGAGAGUGCGUGCGUGGGCUGUGGGCGGGCCAACAGCAGGAGCUGGUCUUCCUGCGUAACCGUAACCCAGAGCGCGGCAGCAUUCAGAACGCCAAGCAGGCCCUGAGGAAUAUGAUCAACUCGUCUUGCGACCAGCCCAUUGGAUACCCCAUCUACGUCUCCCCCCUGACGACAUCUUACGCAGGCGCUCACAUUCAGCUGCGCUCGGUGUGGGGCGGGCCUGUGAGCCCACACAACAUUUACAACUGGCUCAUCAGCAGCUGGGACAGGAUGCAGAAAGGAUGUGGUGCUGGUUGCAACAGCGGAGGAAACAUCGAAGACUCGGACUGCGGCGGCGGCUCGACAUCCAUAACUACCAACGCCGCCAUCCACACCACACAGAGCACGCCAGCCUCCAGCCUUCCUCAGCCACACAUCACCACGCUGCAACCUUCCUUGGGUACAGACAACCCAGUCGGUCCAAGCCAGAACUGGCCUCACCACCCCCAACCACUCCCAUUGGCCCUGCUCAGCCAAUCAGAGGGCAGGAUGGAGGCGGGGCUGCUGUCCUCCCACCACCACCACCCCACCCACCAGCGUCCAUCUUCCAUCCAAGGCCUGCUGGGUCAACAACUGUCGCACUCCCUGCUCUCCUUCAGCGGCUCAGUGGCUCCGCCCCCCCUGCCGGUGCCCGAACGUUUUUGCGCCGCCAGUUUCCUGGAGAACUCGGGUCACAGAGCGGGCCAGCGGGCUGGUCUCGCCCAGGGCAACGUUCUCCACCUGGAGAGCCAUUUCGGGAAGUGGAGUUUUUCUGGCAGGAAGGGCUUCAACGGGCCGGCGGCGGCCGAGAGCGACGCAGGAAGCGUCCACACCAUUCGCACGCAGGUGACACGCCCACUUCUGCAGCUGCAAUCAUUCUGUCCUUUUGCUUCAUAUUUACUUGUCUUCUUUUCACAGCUGCCCCCGCCCGCCUUCCCACAGGACGCCAGUCCCACGCAAGAUCCACUCGGAGCGACUCGAGCGGCGGAUUCCUGCCUGCUGAACGCAGGAGACGCCGUCACCCCCCCUGACCAAUCCACAGAGCUGCCUUUACUUGAGCACCUGCGCUGAUGAUGGACACGCCCUCAGCCCCCUCCCACACACUGAAUGGCGCCCCCUUCAGGACUUAUUCUCUCCAUCUUCGCAUCCGAGUUUUGUUUUAAUCAGCCCACGUAAACAAAACUACUUUUUUUUCCCCUACCAGCCUGAGAGCACUUUGCACGUGUGUGUGUGUGUGUGUGUGUGUGUGUGUGUGUGUGUGUGUGUGUGUGUGUGUGCGUGCGUGUGCGCGCGCGCUUGCAGGCCAGGUAGGCCAGUGCAAUCAUAAGGGAUCUUUUUUGUUGCCAUUUUGCUGGAGGAUUGUUGAUUUGUCUCAAGUGGAAGAUAAAAAGAUGAGCUUCAUAAGAAGCCUUGUUCACUCUCUCUCUCUCCACUCAGUCGCUCGCCCUCCACUUUCAAACGCCAAGAAAGUGAAAGUUGAUCAACCAACCGUCAUGGCGGCGACACUUCCUCGCCAGCCGCCACACGCUGCUUGUUUGCCAUCUUUGGACGCAGCUUGGUCGCUCUGCGACUAAUCGCGAGUGAAGCCUUUUUUGUUGUUUUUAAACUUGAAGAUUAGCCAUUCAGAGACAUCCAAACACGUGGGAAGGGGAGGGGAUACUUUCUGCUCACUGCUGCGACCCCGCCCCCAUACUAACGAGCAGACAAAGUGACUUGUACUAGUCCUACUACUCUACUACUACUACUUAAAUCCAGCGUUUUAGUUGGAAAACUGGAAAAGAAAGUGGAAUAUUUAUUGGAGGACUUUGGUCUUAUUGGGAUUUAUUUAGUGUGAUACUUUCAGUUUGUUCCUGUUGCAUCAUCUCACCGUGUGUGCGUGCGUGCUUAACUGGAAAUACUGUGAGAAGUCACCUUAAGUUGCUUGCUUUGCUUCCCACAUCCUUGUUUUGGUUGCAGAUGUCACAGUAGUACACCAAUCAGGCUUUUAAUAAGCCCCGCCCAUCACAUGAUUAGCAAUCUCCCCCAAAAAACAUCUCUUUGAAAGAUUUUCUUUUGUUGCACAAUUUAAAGCAAGUUAUCUCUAAAGGUUGCUUUUUUACUGCUAAAAUCUGAAAUAUUCUAACUUACACUAAAAGGUAAAUGUUGAAGGCCCACGGUCUCCCACAGGAAUCCCAAGUAAGAGCAGGGCCCGUAUUCUCCCAUUUAAAAUGAUUCAUGAAUUAGUACAUUAAGGCCCAUAUUGUCGUAAAAUCCCAAACAGUCCAAAUUUACGCUAAAAUCCCUGUCAAAUUUGUAAAAGGCCCAUAUACUCUCAUUUAGCUCAAACAUUGUUUGUUCAAAGUCUCUUACUAGAAUUUCAAGGAGCGAGAACGGUGCAGGGCCCCUAUUCUUCAGUUAAUAUUUUCUCUAAGUUGAAAUAUUUUCUCUAUUCUCCUAAAAACCCAAAUAGUCCAAACUUCCACUAAAAUUCCUGUCAAAUUUGUAGUAGGCGGAAUGUCGAAAGCCCGCAUUCUCCCACAAGAAUCCCAAGUAGCUCAAACAUUGAGUUUCCAGAGUCUCCAAGUAGCUGGAACGCGGCAAAGGCCGUAUUUUCCCCGCUAACAAUCUGUGGAAUAUAGAACACGUAUUCUCCCAAAAUAGUCUGAACUCCAGUUAAAAUUCCUCUAGAAUGUGUUGUUGGUGUAAUUUUGAUGGCCCACAUUCUCCUUCAAAAAUCCCUUUGAAACACAAAGUAGAAUGUCUGUAAUUUACUAAAAUGCCAAGUAGUUAAGCAUUGGCUGCCCACAUUCUCCAGCUAAAACCUCCCUUAAAUCCCAGGUCGCUGGAACCAUGUUGGGCACUUAUUUUCCAUCUGAAGUACCAAAAAGAUGGAACAUUUGAGAACCAAGUGUUCAUGUUAAUAUCCCAAAAUUGUUAAAUGUUGGCUGCCCAUAUUCUCCUGCUAAAAUCCCAAAUAGACAGAACUUUGACCGCACGCAUUCUCAUUUUAAAAUCCAAAGUAGCUGGACUAUCAAGGAACUAUAUUUUGUUUUCAAAAUCCCAAAUAGCUGAUUGAUAGCCCACGAAGCUUCAAUAUUUGCAGCCCACAUUCUCCUGCUAAAUGUCUCUUAAAUUGCAGCAAGUAGAUUCAUUAUUGCUGGUAUCCCACAUUUUACUGCUUAAGUCCAAGUAGUCUCCUGCCAUCAGAUCCACUGAAAUCUUAAUUCGCAUAACUUUGGCGGCCCACAGUCCUCUAGGAAUCACAGAAAAAUCCCAAAGUAGUCAAAAUGUUGAUCUCGGCUUAAAUGGGUCCAAACACUGGCAGCCCUCAUUCUCCCUCUUCAGUUCCAAGUAACCCUCCUGACCUUCGUCGCCAGUAAAAUCUUCUUUUUUGUGUGUGCUUGCAAAAAGCAAAGCACAAGUCAGAGCGUCGGUUUAAAUAUCAGCUUCAAAAAGGGAUUUGAUCAUCUCUGCAAUGAUGUACAGCAUGUGUCAUAUAUAAAUAUAUAUUUCAAAAAAAUAAAUCUAUUUUAUUAUAAUUGGAAGUCCUGGGUUGUUUUCCGUUUAAGGCACUAAGUCAGAGUUUGAGGUGAGUUACUGGAGAAAAGCUCCACAUUUGAAUUGUGCGGUGGGAAGAUUUAGUUUUCCUUUUUUUUUUUUUAGCACCAAGACAUCUGCUUUCUUUUAUUUGAGUUCUUCUGGAAAUGGUUUAUUUUAUUUAAGUCAAUGUUCUGUACAGUUUUUUAAGUGAUUUUUCCCUCCUAUUUAAAUUAAAGGUUUUUGUGCUUUUGUUUGCAAA